AUUUUUUUAUCUAAUAUUUCUCCCUACCUGCUUGAUUGCCUCACCGCCUGCGAUUCCCAGGUGGUGUUUGUUUUUGCUGGAAGCGCUUGAUGGAUUCGGUGAAGGCCGCAUCGGCUCUCCCCGAUCGCCUACCCGUCCACACAGCAUGCGGCGUCGCCAGAGCAUGCAAGUCCUCGAGCUCGAGUCCCGUGUCGAACAAUUGAUGGCGGAGAACCGGAUGCUCACAGACGCCCGAUCCCAGACCGAUACCCACAACAGCAACAGAGCCUCUGGCAUUCUGGCAGAGCGCGAUGCCGAAAUCGACGUUCUCAAGCAGUCGCUCGAAUUUCUACAAAAGGAGGUUGCCCGAUUGACAGAGGUCAAUGAAGGCUUGAACAGCGCCAAUACCCAACUUGCUGCCCAACACAAUGAGCGAUACCGAUCAUUGGAGACCCAGCACUCUGAUGCCUCCCGGCAAUUGGAGCAAGCGCGCACCGAGCACAACCACUUCCAGGAGUCACUCCUUCAAAAGGAUGCCGAGAUUGGCCGCCUACGCUCUGAGCUCGAUGCGGCCAAGGACAAGAUCCGACAGAUGCAGCGCCAGAUCCUGGCAUCCAAGGGCGCUGACAGCGACUUCCUCAAUGUCAAGGAUGUCGACCACUUUGACCACAGAUGUCAGCAGCUCUGCUCUCACGUACAACAGUGGGUUCUGCGCUUCUCAAAGUUCUCUGACAUGCGCGCCUGCCGCAAGACAAACGAGAUCAAUGACGAAAAAGUCAUUGACCGUCUCGACAACGCCAUCCUUGAUGGCACCGACGUGGACACUUACCUCGGCGACCGUGUUAGGCGCCGAGAUGUGUUCAUGUCCAUGACGAUGAACAUGAUUUGGGAGUUUGUGUUUACUCGUUACCUCUUUGGCAUGGACCGCGAGCAGCGACAAAAGCUCAAGUCGCUGGAAAAGUUGCUUACCGAGGUCGGCCCUCCCCCGGCCGUCCGACAAUGGCGCGCCGUCACCCUGACGCUGCUCUCCAAGCGCCCCAGCUUCAAGCACCAGCGCGACCUCGACACUGAGGCCGUGGUCCAAGCCAUCUUCCAAACGCUGUCCAGGGUCCUCCCUCCCCCUUCCAACCUGGAGGACCAGAUCCAAUCACAGCUGCGCCGCGUGAUGCGGGAGGCCGUCGACCUCUCCAUCGAGAUGCGCACCCAGCGCGCCGAGUACAUGAUGCUCCCGCCGCUGCAACCAGAAUACGACGCCGACGGCGAGCUCGCCGAGACUGUCACGUUCAACGCGGCACUCAUGAACGAGCGCAGCGCCGACAAGUCUGCUACCAACGAGGCCCUCGAGGCCCAGAGCGCCGUUGUGCGUAUCGUCUUGUUCCCGCUCGUCGUCAAGAAGGGCGACGACGGUGGUAACAAUGACGACGAGAUUGUUGUGUGUCCUGCCCAGGUGCUGGUGGCUCGGCCCAAGGGCAAGUCCGUUAGGCUGUUUACGCCCGGGAGCGACGCUGGCGGUGCGUCGCUCAGCGGGCAGACGGCGGCCACGCGCAGCGAUCUAAGCAUGGGUACUUUCUUGCCCGAGCAAGCCUCCAACUUGCGAUAAAGGAGCUUGCCUUGGCGAUGAGUACCAUGCCUAUGUGUGAGAGAGAAGAGAGAAAGUAAUAUGCGAAGGGAAAAGAUGGGUGUGGUAUAGAUGUAAUGGCACGGGUGGAGGUCCCGGAGAACGGGUUGUGGGACAGUACAUUAUAUGGGACGAUUAAGUACAUUGGUGUCAAGGGAAACGGGGAUACCAAACAAACAAGAACAAACUCCAGAUUACGACGUUUACGAAAUAUUCCCAUUGUUCUGGCACAUUGGGAGAGGGGACAGAAUGGGA